CACAUCCAGCAUACUCUGACAUUCACAUACGAUGCGCGCCUUCAUCUGCCUCUUCAUCAUCGCCUCGGUCCUCUCGACCAUGGUCACCGCCCUCCCCGUCGGCUCUGGCCUCAGCAACUUCGCUGCCCCCACCUUCUGCUCACGCUUCGAGCAGGCCUGUGCGACAACGUGCGGCUCAGCGAAGCCUGUCACCGUGUGCAAAGUCAACACCGCUGUCCUCAAGCGUGGCUCGCUCGGCAACCUCUCUUGCAAGUGCUCUGGCAAGUCUGCUACCAGCAGCGUCAUCGCAUCGAUGUUCAAGCCGAUGUCCUCGUCGGCCUCGUCAAAUUCCACCGCUUCGUCGAACAGCCAGUUCAAGAAGAUCACCGGCGCAGGCAACCAGGUCGCCCCUGUUUCAGAGGCCCACGCUACUGCAUCCACCGUAUCAAGCAGCUCGGGAUCCUUCCCUACCGCCCCCACCGUGGCCAACAAUGCAGUUGUCGUCCCUCAAAACGACAUCAUUGGCACCUGGACGUCGUCUACCGCUCCCGCUGCCGCUGCUCAAACCACGCAAGCUCGCGUCCCUUCUAUGGCCGCCGUCACUACCAACGGCGAGGCGCCCAAGCCAGUCGUUCUCUGAGCGUCGCUGGCGCGACACGCUCAAGGUUUUAAGCUUCGAGACCGGAACGCGCAGCAGCGUUCCAACCAAAAUCCGUCACCUCAAGAGUCGAUCCUACCUUGCAUUAGGUUCUCGUCUAAUCAGCAGUCACGCAGUCACGCAUAGCUCUCUCAUCGUCAUCAUUUGGGUCUUCGUCAUCUCAUAGUCACGCAUCCACUGUCAUCGAUUCCAUCGUCACGCAAUAGAUCCAUCGCCGCGCCAUUAGGAGCGCUGGUGUUGUCGGGCAAUUGGUCCCACCCCUUUCACAAAGAC